UCUUUGAACUAGAGCGCUGUUUGAAUCAUGGUCUAGGAGUGGUGAGUCCCCUCAGCCAACUUCUGCCGUUCGAGAUCCAUCACCAUCUGAAAAUGGCGACUCGAUUGCUGAGGGUCAGCUCCGCGCUGAGAACGUAUUCGAAUAAAACGAGCUAUGUCAAGACUUCGAGGCAAUGGAGGUCGACUGCUGCCGCCCUUCAGCAGACAUUGAUUAAUCAGCCCGCCACCAAAAUCACUACCUUUGACAAUGGCAUGCGAGUUGCUAGCGAAGACAGCGGAGCAGCUACUGCAACUGUCGGUUUAUGGAUAGAUGCUGGAAGUCGAUGGGAGAAUGACCGGAACAAUGGAGUUGCUCAUUUCAUGGAACAUAUGACAUUCAAGGGAACUGCCAAACGCUCCCAGACAGAUUUGGAACUCGAGAUUGAGAACAUGGGGGCCCACCUGAAUGCCUAUACCAGCAGAGAGCAAACUGUAUUCUAUGCAAAAUGCUUAUCUCAAGAUGUUCCUAAGGCGAUUGAAAUACUGAGUGACAUUAUCCAAAAUUCAAAGCUCGGUGAGAGUGAAAUUGAAAGAGAACGUGGCGUCAUUCUGCGUGAGAUGCAAGAGGUAGAAACAAACCUUCAAGAAGUUGUUUUUGAUCAUUUGCACUCGGUCGCUUACCAAGGAACUCCACUGGGUAGAACCAUCCUCGGGCCUACCGAAAACAUCAAGACCAUCACAAGGGCCGAUCUUGUGUCCUAUGUUAGGGACCACUACCAAGCUGCACGAUGCGUCCUUGCGGGUGCUGGCGGAGUCGACCAUUCACAGUUAGUUCAACUGGCGGAGAAACAUUUCAAGAACUUGUCCACCACAUACGAAGGAGACAUUCCCCUGAUCGAACAUUGCCGAUACACCGGCUCUGACGUCCGGGUGCGGGACGAUUCCAUUCCUCUUGCACAUGUAGCAAUCGCAAUCGAAGGUGCUGGUUGGUCCGACGCGGACAACAUUCCGCUUAUGGUUGCUAACACUUUGAUCGGGGCUUGGGAUCGUGGCCAGGGUGGCGGCGCCAACAAUGCCACCAGGUUAGCCAAGGCGUGUGCUGAAGACGGGCUUUGCCACAGCUACCAAAGCUUCAACACCUGUUACAAGGACACUGGUCUCUGGGGAAUCUACUUUGUCUCUGAUCCGAUGAAGCUGGAAGCUAUGGUUUACAACAUUCAACAAGAAUGGAUGCGUCUCUGCACCAUGGUAACCGAACAUGAGGUAGAACGAGCGAGAAAUAUCUUGAAGACGAACAUGCUUCUUCAAUUAGACGGAACCACUGCGAUCUGCGAAGACGUCGGCAGGCAAAUGCUUUGCUACAACCGUCGUAUUCCUCUUCAUGAGCUUGAGAAGAGGAUAGACAGUGUCACCGCGAAGAAUAUCCAUGACAUCGGUAUGAAAUACAUCUACGAUCGUUGUCCAGCUGUCGCAGCCGUUGGCCCUGUUGAAGCUCUUCCCGACUACAACCUCAUUCGUGCUGGCAUGUACUGGCUCAGAGUUUAAGCCUUCCAGAUUACGAGUCGUCGUGAGAAGUCCAACUUUAGCAACACGCUGAUGUCUCAGUGAAUAUGUAGAACAUGGUAUUGAUUGUAUAGAGUACAGCAGUAGUAUUACGAGGCGUUUAAAAUCAUCAGAAAAUUACCAUCAUUCCGAGGGCACAAAGAUUUUCAGAUGGAAUAAUUGGAGGGCUGUAAAACUAGCAGUUAUAUACAAUUUUAUAUACUCACUCUGAUGAAAAUAAGCGGAGUAGUUUGCUAACUUGUGUACACGUAUAUUGCCCGUGUAUGAAAAUGUUGAAUAGAUAUUUAUAUGAUUGAAAAUGAAAA